GUGUAUGUAUAUAUAAACCUCACACACACGCACCAUCCAUCAUACACCAUCCUCUUCCUUCCUUCUCUUUGUCAUCAACACAAUUGAGAAAGAUAGCGAGAGAGAUUGACAAGAGAAAGAGAGAUAAAAUAAGAACAAGAGCAAGAGUACUUAAGAAGAUGGGAAGAGCACCGUGUUGUGAUAAGGCCAACGUGAAGAAAGGGCCUUGGUCUCCUGAGGAAGACGCCAAACUCAAAGAUUACAUCGAGAAUAGUGGCACAGGAGGCAACUGGAUCGCUUUGCCUCAAAAGAUUGGUUUAAGGAGAUGUGGGAAGAGUUGCAGGCUAAGGUGGCUCAACUAUUUGAGACCAAACAUCAAGCAUGGUGGCUUCUCCGAGGAAGAAGACAACAUCAUUUGUAAUCUCUAUGUUACUAUUGGUAGCAGGUGGUCUAUAAUUGCUGCUCAAUUGCCGGGAAGAACGGACAACGAUAUCAAGAACUACUGGAACACGAGGCUGAAGAAGAAGCUUCUUAACAAACAAAGGAAAGAGUUUCAAGAAGCCCGAAUGAAGCAAGAGAUGGUGAUGAUGAAAAGACAACAACAAGGACAAGGUCAAAGUAAUGGUAGCACCGAUCUUUAUCUUAACAACAUGUUCGGGUCACCACCAUGGCCAUUGCUACCACAGCUUCCUCCUCCUCCUCAUCAUCAAAUACCCCUUGUGAUGAUGGAACCAUCAAGCUGCAACUACUACCAAACGACACCGUCUUGUAACCUAGAACAAAAACCAUUGAUCACACUCAAGAACAUGGUCAAGAUUGAAGAAGAACCAGAAAGGACAAGCCCUGAUCAUCAUCAUCAACAUCAAGAUUCUAUGACAAACCCUUUUGAUUUCUCCUUCUCUCAGCUUUUGUUAGAUCCUAAUUACUACUUGGGAUCAGGAGGGGGAGGAGAAGGAGAUUUUUCGAUCAUGAGCAGCAGCACAAACUCACCAUUACCAAACACAAGUGGUGAUCACCAUCAAAAUCAACAGCAAGAGAUUCUUCAAUGGUUUGGGAGCAGUAAUUUUCAGACAGAAGCAAUCAACGAUAUGUUCUUGAGCAACAACAACAACAACAUGGCGAAUCUUGAGACCAACGAGAACACAAAAGUUUAUGGAGACUCCUUAGUAGCUGAAGUCGGAGCAGCUAAUUUGGCCGGAGGAACGACGAGUACAUCGGCGGAUCAAAGUACAAUAAGUUGGGAGGAUAUAACAUCUCUUGUUAAUUCCGAAGAUGCAAGUUACUUCAAUGGGCCAAAUCAUGUGUGACAUUUUAUUUAUAUUUACUUAUAUAUAUAAAAGAGGGUUUUUUUCCAAUUUUGUAUAAAUUUGUGUCUUAGUGGUAGAAAUAUAUGGAUUAAGAUUAAUAUUCAUGCA